GCAUGGGUGAAACAUGGCGGCCGUAGACCCGUCGAAGUCCCCGGAGCGGCAGAACUCUCCCGCGGAGGACGUGGAAGCUGGCGAGAAGAGCGCGGAGGCAGAGGAGCACGGAGCUCCCGGCCGGAGAGACGAGGACGCGCCGGAGGAACCCGCCGGGAGCACGGAGCGUGAGCCCGGAGCCAGCGGCGGCAGUGGCGGCGGCAUCGCCAGCCAUCCGGACGUCGGUGUCGAGUCCGCUGCUGGAGCCGACAAAACACCGACCGACUCGCCGAAGGAGCCUAAAAGGGCUUCGAACAGCAGCAAGCAGAAUUUCGACUGGUCGGAACCCGAAGACGAGGAAGGGGAGGCGGAGACACGCACGGAGGAAGCCGCCGAGUGUGAUGCCAUAGAUGAAACUGACAGCGCCGACGAGACAGAGUCGAAUAUCUGUGAUCCAGGCAACAUUACAUCAAAAGCAGAAGAGCGUGGCGACGAGGCGGGCUCCCUUCACAACGACAAGAGGAGCACAGAGACUUCAUCAGCAGAGGAUCUGACAGGCGACGUUGAUGGGACAGAAGAUGUCGCAGAAGAUAAAGAUGAAACAGACCAAGGAGAUGGUGCUGAUUUGCCAUCCAAACAAAACAGGUGCAGGUUGGUGUGCAAGGAGUGCGGGGAGACUUUCAACCGCCGUGAGACGUUCAGUCUUCACCGACACUUUCAUCUGCAUGAGGAUGCCCUCACGCCGCUCAAGUGCAAAGAGUGCGGCCUUACCUUUCAGCACCGCAGCAGCCUCAUCAAACACAAAAACGAACACAAGGAGAAGGAGGAGAAACUGAUUUCCCCCAAGAAGGAGGCGCAAACAAAGCAGGAGGGGAUUUUCCAGUGUGCGGAAUGUCACCGGAUCUUCAACACAGUCGGCAAGCUGAGGGACCACAACUGCAGCAAUACAGUAGAAAAGCCUUACCACUGCCCGCUGUGCCGCCAAGAGUUCCAGUUCAGGGUGUCUGUCACGAAGCACAUACUGACCCAUUCCCAGGAGAGUAUCUUUUCAUGCCAAGAGUGCAGCCAGACGUUCCCAAACGCCUCAGCCCUGCGCUUACACCAGAAGUGUCACUCGGCCCUCAAACCCUACGAAUGCCCCGAGUGCGGCAUGGUUUUCAAACACUACUACAUCAUGGAAGACCACCGGCGCAAGCACGUCGACAACAAUCGCUCCCAUCUGUGCAACGUCUGCGGAAAGUCUUUCAAGUACAGCAGCCUCCUCCAUCAGCAUCAGUAUCUGCACACCGGCCAAAAGCCUUUCCGCUGUCCGGACUGUGGCAAAAAGUUUGCUUUAGCCCAGAACAUGAAGGCACACUGCCGCCUGCAUAGACUGUGUGAAACCAAAUCCUGUAGUGAGCAGCUCAAAAAGCAGGCUCCCGCUUCUGCGCAGGAAGUGACCAGGGGGCCGGGAAAGGAGAACGCCGACCGGAACGAGGAAACAAAACGUACAUUCAACUGUCCACUCUGUCCUCAGAGCUACUGUACGGCAGCUAACCUGAGAGCCCACAUGCUGGUGCACGAGGCAGAGUACGAGACGCUGGAGAAGACGCCUCGCCUGCCGGAGGAGAACAACAAGCACUGGGAAACAGGACACACCUGUCCACACUGUCCGUGCGUGUACCGCGACGAGUCCAGCCUGAACAAGCACCUCCUCAGUGUUCACAAGGCGCUUGCAUACUUAGAAAAACUGGCAGCACCACCACCUAAACCACAACUUGCUCCUUUAAGCAGCGAUAACGUUCAAGCAAAGGUGAAAAUUGAGAGCGUAAAUAUAAAGUCUUACAAGUGUUCGGAGUGUGAGAAGUCUUUCCGCCAUCGCUCAGUGUUAGAGUUGCAUAUGCGCAUACAUUCCAAAGACAGGCCGUACCAGUGCAAAGUGUGUGGCAAGGGGUUUAGAUUCAGCAGUUACUUACAGCAGCAUGUCAUAAUUCACACAGGCAAGAAGCCAUAUAAAUGUUCAGACUGUGGGAAGGACUUUGCUUUCCUGCAGAACAUGAAAACCCAUCAGAGAUUGCAUCAGGAAAAGCCGUUCCGCUGCACCAGCUGCCGCAAAGGCUACAGCGACGAGACGCAGCUGCAGCAGCACAUGUUGUCCCAUAACGGCGACAAACCUCAUAAGUGUGACCUGUGUGACAAGAGCUUCGGGUUGGCCUAUCUGCUGCGCGAUCACAUGAACACACACACAGGAGAGAGGCCUCAUCGCUGUGACGAGUGCCACAAAACAUUCUCCUGGUUCAGCAGUCUGCUCGUACAUCAGAAGAUCCACGCCCGCAAGCGGCAGGGCUUCAGUCAGUACAAUUCAUUCCAAUCAAGUACAAGGAUGAGGGGCAGGGGUAACAGAGGCAGGAGAGGAGGGAGGUUCGCAUGGGGCUGGUCUCGACCUUUAGGGUCCUCGGCGACGGGCUCCUCUAAUCAGCCAUCGUAUUCAGCUUCUGCACAGAAAGAUGCUGAGUUGCCACAAAGGACGACCCAGUCACCAUCUCCCAUGCCCUCAGUGUGCAAGGAUUCACAGAGCAGGAAGCAGAACGAGUCGUGGAUGUCCAAGGUGAACUCGCAGCCAGUGCAGUGGAAGGUGGAUGGCGGAGAGAUAAUGCCGGUUCUCCCAGCGCAGAACCAACAAGACGCUUCACAGCAGACGAAUGCGGAGAUUCCAGUGAAUCCAGGAGUUUCUCAGAGAGGCGCUGGCGUCGCGGAUGUUGCUCAGUUGGGCUCAAAUUCAGUCACGAGUUCGAACUCAGCACACAUCAAAGAGAACACGUCCUCUGUCAGCUCUUUCUCGACGUCUGUGCUGAAAAUAGCCAACCCAUCAGCAGGAGGUGAGGUGACACAGCCCAGGCAGCACAAGCUCAUUACUUGGAGCAGCGCACCCCCAUCAAACACAGUCAUAGCUUCCACGAGCUCUGGGCAGCUGAAUUUGUCUGCUCCCGCCUCCUAUGCCGAAGGGGCCGCUCUGUGGAGCGUCAGGCCUGCAGUUUUAGUGAAUUCACAGAGCUCUCCAAAGCCUGGUCAAGACCUAAAGCUCUCACGAUGGCCAGUGGCCCCUGUGCAAUCACAAAAAGAGCCGUCCGUGCCCCCCAAGAAGGAGGGCACAGUGUGGGACCAGAGCAGUACUCAAGUUAAUCAGUCGACUGUUAGUCAGCUAGAGAAACCGCGGAACGGCUAUGAGCCACAGAAGCCGCAGGCAUCAGCUUUAGCAGGUGGGUCCGCCUCAGUGAAAGUAGACCAAAGCAGUGCUAUUCCAAUUUCAAAUUCUGUUUCUCUCGGCGCCGGUAGCACAUUAUGGAACAUACAGACACCUCCAGGGAUUCCAAAGACGAUAAACUCCACUGAGAAAAUUGUGAAGAAUCCAGAUUUUCCGCCACUGCAGAAACAGGUGUCAUCUGGCUGGGCCAACAUACAGACAGCAACCCAGAAGGUUCCCAUCUCCAUCAAAUACGAGGCUCCUCGGUUUGGCCAGGGGAUAGGAACUCCAAUAUGGGGCUUCCAAGGCACUCCAGUGGUUCCUCAAACGCUGCUCACUGGACAGCUCAAACCAGGCAAUGGACCAGAGCUGCAGUCACAGCCAAUGGUAACGGGCACUCAGAUCAUUAUAAAUCAGUCUGCUCCUUUUUUCUCACCUCCACUUGCUCCACUCCCUCCUCUGGCUUUGCCGGGCGCCCACCCUCUUCACUCGGUCGCAGUCGGUACAGUUCCCAGACCUCCACACCCAAAUAUUUUUUUCACGCCGCAGGCAGUCAUGAGCGAGCGGCCCCACUUGCCACAGACCCUGCCCCUACCUCAACUCACCCAGCGGACAGAACCCCACAAACUCGGGACUCGUUUGCCUUUUCCCCCUGAACGACUUCUGCAGUGCAUGAUAUGCGGGUGCUCCCUUCCCCGGGAGCUGGAUUUACAAAUGCAUUACUUGCAACAUGCACAGGGAGAGAUUUAACAUUUCUACACUAGCAACAACUUUUUUUUGUGUGUUUUCCUGCUCAUUUUUGCUUGGUGGAGCCUCAUUGAUUUGUUUUUCAGUUUUUUUUCUGCUGUUUUGACCAGUUGGGCAUUAAACAAAUAUUUAAUGGUGAAACUAGAUUUAUUCUGCACACUUGAUGCACAUUAUAAGUCUCUCAGCUUCAGAUUAGAUUUCUCCGGUUGUGCACAUGCAUGUGCCAUUAAAUCAGUUUCACUGUUUUCCAAAGUUUUCCAAAUACUCGAGGUGCUGAUUGAUGAGGUUCUAUUGUCUGCGUUGCAUUCAUUGCCAAUAGCUCUUAGAUUUAGAUGAUAUUAGUACUUUUAUAGUUUUGUUCAUACGUCCUGAACUAUUUGUACUGUUUUUUUUUCAUGUACAGUUUUACUGUGUGCCUUUUAUGAGUAUAGUCUGCAUGUCUGCUGUCUUGGUAUUUUAGGCCUAGUUCAUGCUUACGCUAGACUCAACAAAUGAAACCCAACUCCCCAAAUGCAGAGCAGGUGUAAUGACAAUACUGUGAAGUGACGAGUCAGUUUUGCUGUGGGGGUGGGGUCAGGGACAUGGCUUGUUGGGGUCACCAGUUACAUUUUUUUUUUUCCAGACAUGAAAAAAGUUGUACUCGAGCAUUGUCAUCCUGCUAAGAUACACUUGUGUUAACUGGUUUUCUCAUCUGGGUCCAAAUAUUUAAUACUUUUUUUUUUUUUUUUUUUUUGGUCACAAUAAAAUGUGGCGGGAAGGGUCAAAGGUCAUUUCUCAGCUAGAGAUUAAGAUGUGGGUUUUAUUUGAAGAGAUUUGGCUCCAUCACUGAUCACUUGACAUACUAACAAAUGGUGUGUGACUAAACCUGCAAUGUUUUGUAAAUGAUUUAUUUUGCAUCAACAAGGCAAACAUAAAACUGAUUAUACUUAAUUUAAUAAUGCUUUCCCCAAAUAAGUUUGAUGAUGCUCUGAAAAUUCUAGUAGGUGUCACGAGUCACGACUUUAAUGAUAUUUUGAACCACUUCUAUCACAAGCUGAUGCUAUCUAAUAGCCGUUUCUUACCAGGACAAAAAUCAGAUUGGAAUGUACCUUUAUUUAUAGAAUUAAGUCAUUUUUGAGUACUUACUGUAUUUUUGUGAAUAAUGAUUUCCUUCAGUAAUUGUAGAUUAUUCCUAAUUGUAGAUUUAGCUGACUACCACGAUGUCUUUGCCAUUAAUAAAACCUACAUUUGGUGAACUUUGCUGACCCAGUAAGUGACUGAAAACAUUCAUCACUUCUGUAAACAUAUGGUUCAUAUGUGAAAUAAAUAAAUGAAACUAAAUGUUCCUGUGCAUUUUAAGCUUUCAACACCCUACAAAAUGUGCCCUUCUACCUCUAUCCACUCUUUUAGCACAGAUUUAGUUUUUUUUUCCCCUCUCCAUAAUGUCUGCUUGUUGGUUUAAAAAUAAAUCUACGUU